AUAAUCGAUGGUUGAUUAAAAUCUCUAACAAGAAGCUAAGGAACUAUGCAUCGCGCUUCUCUCUGUUGUAUCUCUGAAUCAUCGAAACCCAAGGAUAGCGACGCUCCCGAUGAAGCUCCUCGAAUGACCACUCAUUCAACAACGAAGCCUCAAAUUAGAAGUAGUCUCAACAGUAACCACCAACCCCUUGUAGAGCACAUCAAUCCUGGGAAUUUUACUAAAGCGCCCCAAAUCGUCAUUCAUCUUGCCAGUCCGGGGAGCAUCAUUAAAGAUGCAACCCCUCAGCCAUAUCAUUUACGCCCUUUCUACCAUUCACAGCAUCGUGUCUCUUUUGCAGGGAAGAAGUUCCAAGAUACUUUAGGAAGUUUACCAGAAGAAGAUGAGGAGGCCAUUUAACAAGUGACGUAGCAACCUUUUGUUAAGAAUUUUAGGAAUAUCUUUCUGGGGAAUAUUCAAGCUAGAAAAUAUGAAAUAUCAAUAUAUCCUAGUUUGAAAUCUAUUCUAUUGUUUA